CUUACAUUGAUAUCACGUCGAUAAGCUCACCGGGUGCUUGGCCGCCUAUGCAGACGUCAUGUUUCCCUAUUGCAUCCCCAAGUAUUUAAGCAUCGCCAAUGGCUUCGUCCUGGGGUCGUUCCUGUCCUCGCCCAUCCAGGGGCCCUACGACCAAACCGUUCUCGGUUCAAUAGCCACCACCGACGCAAUGACGUCCUCGCUGUGCAGCCCUUCCUCCUUCCCGUCCCUCUCCCUCGUGGGCGCCGAGAUCCUGAGCAUCACCGCCACGCCCGUGGCCGAGACCAGGAAUGUCGUCUACGGCACGAUCAGGACGCCCGUGGUCCCGAUGCAGCUCGACUACUGCAACGUCACGGUCAGCUACACGCACCCCGGCUACGACGACCUCAUCAACGUCGAGGCCUGGCUGCCCAGCCCGGAGGCGUGGAACGAGCGCAUCUGGGCGACGGGCGGCGGCGGCUUCCGGGCGGGCCGCGACCCGCAGGGCAACUACGACAGCGCCAUGGCCAUGGCGCUGAGCGAGGGCUACGCGACCACGUCGACGGACGCGGGCACCGAGGCGGGGGCGGCGCCGACCUUUGGCGACUGGGGCCUCCUCUCGGCGGGGAACCUGGACGUGGUGCGGUACGGCAACUUUGCCGGGCGGUCGCUGGAGGAGCAGGCGCUGCUGGGCCGGCAGGCGGUGGCGGCGUACUACGGGCGCGCGCACAGGUUCUCGUACUUUGCCGGCUGCUCGCAGGGCGGCAGGCAGGGGCUGACGCUGGCGCAAAAGUACCCGCGCCUCUACGACGGCAUCGUGGCCAGCGCGCCCGCCCUGUCCAUCAACGCCAUCGUCCCGCAGAUCCACUGGCCGUACCAGUACAUGGUCGAGACGGGCCGCGUGGCGCGCCCCUGCGAGGUCCAGGCCAUCACCGAGGCGGCGGUCGCGGCCUGCGACGGGUUCGACGGCGUCGAGGACGGCAUCGUGGCCGAGUACGAGCGCUGCGCCGCCGAGUUUGACCCCUUUUCCGUCGUGGGCCAGCCGGUGGACUGCGUCGACGGCGCGAGGACCGUGACGGACGCCUCGGCCGCCGUGGUCAACGCCACCUGGGACGGGGUGCGGUCCGCGCAGGGCAAGCGGCUCUGGGCUCCCGUCACUCCCGGCACCGACCUGGUCGGCAACGGGACGAGGCCCAUAUCGCCAGGCUUUGACAUUGUGGCCACCGACUGUUCGAGCGGGACUUGCGCCGCCAUGCAGUACCCGCUCGGGUCGGGCUUCUUCAAAAACUUCCUCGCGCUUGAUGCCGAUCUGGAUCUGACCAAGCUGAGCAGGGACGAGUUUGACAGGCUGGUCAAGUUUGGGAGCUUGGACUUGACGCAGUGGCAGGCCAACAACCCGGACCUGACGGAUUUCCAGCGUGCGGGCGGCAAGAUCAUUACCCCCCACGGCACUGCCGACAGUCUCAUCCCCAUCGGCGGCAUGGUCGACUACUACAAGCAGGUCGGGGCCGUCUCGCCCGACGUGCACGACUUUUACCGCUUCUUCGAGGUCCCCGGCCUGUCGCACUGCUACGGCGGCAAGGCGGGCGUUGCCGUGGAGCUGAUGAAGCAGAUCCGGUCUUGGGUCGAGGACGGGACCAAGCCUGACCAGUCCACUUACGAGGCGCUGACCAAGGACGGGAAUGUCGAGGACAGGCUGCUGUGCCCGUAUCCUCAAAAGGCAACAUUUGACAAGGAGUGUGGCGACUCGGCCAAGGCGGCGUGCUGGGCCUGCGUUGGUCAGCUUGCUUGAUUUUGCGAUGGGUGUAGCGGGAGAAGGUGACGG